UCUCUUUCUAAAAUAACAGUAAAACACUAAAACCCCACAAAAAAAAAAAUGGCGUCAAAAAUUUUGCAGGGAAAUAGACCAAUUAGCAGCACUAUAAAUCCAUCUCCUCUCCCUCUAUUUUCUCACACAAACAACAAUAAUAUUAACAGAUAUUACCCAUUUCUUUGCAAAUUCAAACCAAAUAAUCAAAAUUUACCACUUUUUUCCAAUCUUUCACCUAAAUUUUCUGGGCAAUACUCAAAUUCUCUCUCUUUAAAUUGCUUCAGAUCUUAUAAGAAGCCACUUAAUCUUCAAGCAUUCUCUGUAAAAUCUUUCAAAAGAUCUGAGAGCCUAGAGAAAGAAAAAGAAAUGACAAUAGCACCAGCUGUUCGAAUUGCUGACGGGAAAGCAAUUGUAAAAGACCGGACCAUCCUAACUGGAGUUCCAGACAAUGUGAUAGCAACCUCAGGCUCAUCAUCUGGUCCGGUGGAGGGAGUUUUUGUAGGGGCAGAGUUCGAUCAACUGAGCAGCCGCCAUGUGGUGUCAUUAGGCUCUCUUAGAGAUGUCCGGUUCAUGGCAUGUUUCCGGUUCAAGUUAUGGUGGAUGGCCCAAAAAAUGGGUGACAAAGGUGGUGAGAUUCCUUUGGAAACUCAGUUUUUAUUGGUUGAGACCAAAGAUGGGUCGCACAUUGAAUCAGACGAUGGAGAUGAAUCCAAUCAAAUCAUCUAUACAGUGUUUCUUCCUUUGGUUGAGGGUCCAUUUAGGGCUUGCCUACAGGGGAACACACAGGAUGAUCAGUUAGAGCUUUGCUUAGAGAGCGGGGAUGAUGAAAUCAAAGGGACUUCAUUCACUCAUUCUCUGUUUGUUAGUGCAGGGACCGAUCCCUAUGCCACGAUCUUUGAGGCUAUGAGGGCCGUUAAAUCUCAUCUCAAGACGUUUAGGCAACGUCAUGAGAAGAAGUUACCUAGCAUUAUUGACUAUUUUGGGUGGUGUACUUGGGAUGCAUUUUACAAAGAAGUUACCCAAGAAGGCGUUGAGGCCGGAUUGGCUAGCCUCUCUGCUGGUGGGACCCCACCUAAGUUUGUGAUCAUUGAUGAUGGUUGGCAGUCUGUUGGGGUGGAUCAACAAAAGGAAACUUCAUCGGAAGAGGAUGAACUAGUGCCAAGACUAACUGGGAUUAAGGAGAACGAGAAGUUUCAAAAAAAGGAUGACCCUAGUGUAGGGAUUAGGAAUAUAGUAAAUAUAGCUAAGGAAAAAUACGGGUUGAAAUACGUGUAUGUUUGGCAUGCAAUCACAGGAUAUUGGGGUGGGGUCCGCCCUGGGGUUAAGGAGAUGGAAGAAUACGAGUCACUGAUGAAGUACCCUAAUGUGUCUAAAGGAGUUGUGGAAAAUGAGCCGGUGUGGAAGAGUGACCCUAUGAAGGUGCAAGGGUUAGGGCUAGUGAACCCAAAGAGUGUGUACAAGUUCUACAAUGACUUGCAUAGUUAUUUGGCUUCUAAUGGGAUUGAUGGGGUUAAGGUGGAUGUCCAAUGCAUCUUAGAGACCUUAGCCACAGGGUUCGGUGGUCGUGUGGAGCUCACUAGACAAUACCACCAGGCUCUCGAUGCUUCUGUGGCUAGGAACUUUCCCGACAAUGGUUGCAUCGCCUGCAUGAGCCACAACACCGAUGCAUUGUACUGCUCAAAACAAACCGCGAUUGUCAGAGCAUCAGAUGAUUUUUACCCACGAGAUCCCGUGUCACAUACCAUCCAUAUUGCAGCCGUGGCUUACAACAGUGUUUUCUUAGGAGAGUUUAUGCUACCUGAUUGGGACAUGUUCCAUUCAGACCACCCUGCUGGUGAAUAUCAUGGUUCAGCUAGAGCUAUCAGUGGUGGACCAAUCUAUGUCAGUGAUGCACCAGGAAAGCACAACUUUGAUCUGCUUAGGAAGCUUGUUUUGCCUGAUGGAUCAGUCCUCAGGGCUCGUUUGCCUGGUAGACCAACCCGUGAUUGCUUGUUCAGUGAUCCAGCUAGAGACGGUAUUAGCUUGUUGAAGAUAUGGAACAUGAACAAGUACACUGGGGUGUUAGGAGUGUACAACUGCCAAGGGGCAGCAUGGAGUAGCACCGAGCGGAAAAACACCUUCCAUCCGACCCGACCAGAAGCCAUAACGGGUGUGGUCCGUGGCCGAGAUGUCCACCUCAUAAACGAGGCUGCAGUGGACCCCAGCGACUGGAGUGGGGACUGUGCUGCCUACCGUUACAGGACUGGUGAGGUUAUCACCUUGCCGUACAAUGUAGCUUUGCCUGUGUCCCUCAAAGUCUUGGAAUUUGAAAUUUACACUGUAACACCCAUCAAGGUCUUAGCACCUGGUUUUAGCUUUGCCCCAUUUGGGCUAAUAAAAAUGUUUAAUGCGGGUGGAGCCAUCAACGGGCUAACCUAUCAAGUCAGGAGCGGAGCUCGAGUGGAGAAUGGUAUGACCCAUGGUGAUGAAAUGGUGGGGAAGGUCCAAAUGGAGGUGAAAGGUUGUGGGAUGUUUGGGGCUUACUCUUCAACAAGGCCGAAGAGAUGCCGAGUUGGGUCCGAGGAGAUCGAGUUUGAGUAUGAUUCUGGAUCAGGUUUGGUCACCUUGAGUUUAGAUCAAAUGCCAGAUGAGAGUAAGGAACUUCACAUUGUUGAGGUUGAGUUAUGAGUUUGUACUUUGUAGUAGUGCUAUAUUCUUUUUCCCUUUGCUCUCCUCAUAUGUGAAAAUGUUGGAGGUGCACAAUAGUGAGGGAUCUAUUCUUCUGCUCAAAAGCAAGGAUGUAAACUUUCUUGUUACUAAAUUAUUGUAAGAUUAUACUCUGAUUAUGGAGGAUACUUAUAGUUAUGAAAUUGGCAACUCAAAUGCUCCUGUUACUCUGUUAGACAUUA